AUGGAACGACGCGAUACCACACUACUGGUAGCACUUAUCUCAACUGUAACGUUCGUGGCAGGUUUCACCAUUCCUGGAGGACUUAAAAGUGACGGGAAAGCGGUUUUAGACGGAAGCUUCAUGGCAGUGCAGGAUAAUAAAGGCAAGGGGAGUCCUACUGAGACAAGAAUGAAGAGGGAAGGAAAGAUCUGCCUGCAAGACCGUAAAAUUUAA